AUGCCUCCCCGAAAGAAGGCGAAGCGCGCGCACUCCACCACCCCCCAGGGCGAUACCACGGCGCAAUCCAGCGCAAACACCCCCGGCUCAAGCGACAGCACCGGCAAGCCAGACACCGAGUAUGACCUGGUCGCAGACCCGUGGACGGAUGAACAAGAAACGGCACUGCUUAAGGCAAUUAUCAAAUGGAAGCCUGUCGCUAACGGGCCUCGCCCUAUUGAAGGCAUGCACAAGCAUUUCCGUAUGCUUGCUAUCUCAGAUUGGUUGAAAAGCCAAGGAUACGCUCCUUCUACUGCCGAGCACAUGCGGAUACCUGGGAUCUGGAAGAAGCUAGGAACUCUCUACAAUCUCGAGGCUCUCGAUGAGCGUGAGGACUCAGUCAUUACAGAUACGAACGAAGACAGCGAUGGACCGAGUGAAAUGUACUGCCCUUUCGAGCUCCCGUACGACGAAUACGGCGAUAUGAUGUUCGAUCGUCGACUCGCGAGAGAAGGGUCCUCGUCGCCUAUCAGCCAUCCAGCUGAAUCUCGACGAGGAAGUACCGUGGCAGAUACGGACGAGCCACGAUCUUCCCCGGCCCCAUCACGAGGUCGUAAAUCCACUCGAGGCGCCCGUCCACCGCCGACACGCGGAACACGUUCAACGCGCCUGCAGGUCGAAAUCGGCGCCGGUAGUCAAGGGAAGCCAUCCGAUGAGGAUGGCGAUUCGGGCGAGGACACCGGCGCCAACGACGAGGCCGAAGAAGAGGGCGAAGAGGGCACCGAUGGGGCAAGAGACAGCGAGGGCGACGAUGAAGACGAGGGUGAGAAGGGCGGCUCGCGGAGCACCCGAGCCCAAACAUCUAGGACCAAGCAGAAAGACAAGAAACCGUCGACGGGCACCGGCACCCGGAGAACUGGUCGACGACGGUGA